AUGUGGAAUCCCAAUGCCAGAUGGCCAGGGCCAAAUCCAUAUCCCCCCAACACUGGGUGCCCUGGAGGUUCCAAUCCUGCCCACCCACCACCUGUCAAUCCACCCUUUCCCCCAGGCCCCUGUCCUCCUCCCCUAGGAGCUCCCCAGGGCAAUCCAGCUUUCCCCCCACGUGGGGCCCCUCAUCCCAUACCACAGCCAGGGUAUCCAGGAUGCCAAUCCUCAGGUCCCUACCUUCCUCCAUACCCACCGCCUGCCCCUGGAAUCCCUCCUGUGAAUCCCUUGGCUCCUGGCAUGGUCAGACCAGCAGUGAUAGUGGACAAGGAGAUGCAGAAGAAAAUGAAGAAAGCUCAUAAAAAGAUGCACAAGCACCACAAGCACGGCAAGCAUUCCUCCUCCUCUUUCUCCUCCUCUUCCAGCAGUGAUUCUGACUGAAUACAGGCCCUGGACCCUUCCCUCAAGUCUCACCAGUUCUGCUCUCCCAUCAAGCUUCAGAUGCCAUGUUGUACUGGGGGAAAGUAGCCCUUGUGCUCCCC